AUGCAGUCGAGCGACCGUUUUGACGUGAACAAGACACUCGACGAGAUAACGAGACGAGAUAGGGCUUUGAAGCGUCAACGCUCAGGCGGUCGUAGCAGUCGUGGUGGCAUCGAGGGCCGUUGGGAGCACGACAUGUACCACAGUCCUGGAACCAGUGCUUCUUCUUCGAAAACACAGACGACGAUGUCUAGAAAAUCGAGCGAAAGCAGCGAAGGAGACCCAAGCGCCCGUGCCGUCACAGUGUCAAUUUUAAAGGAUACCGGCACAAAGGUCCAAUUGAUGCUCAAAGCCCAAGGAUUGAAAAGGCGCAAGAGCUUUUUUGGCGACAUCAUCAAGAUAUUCAAGAAGCCGUCGUCUCCCUCUCGUUUGUUGAGCAAUGGAAAAUUCACCAAAUUUGAUCUGAAGGACUAUGGCCUCAACUUCGUUCUCGAGGUGGAAACUAUGAAGCGAAAGAAGAAAGGGAACGCGAACCGCACGGAAACUUUUGUAUGUGAAGUCAAGCAAUUCCCCACGCAGAUCAACCCAGAUAGCGCCGAAUUCGAGAUAUUGGAACCGGCUUCUGGAGAAUGCUUCAUUUUGAUGACGUUGAUCAAAACGAGCGACUUGAAUAUUCGGCCGCAACAAGUAGUUAUGGCGCACAGCCCGCUUAGGAUGUUUACGCAAUUCCAUGACAAGCACGUGCUCGUCGUCGGCCAGGGGCCUGUAAAUACCAUAGCUCAAAACCUUGGGUUCAACAAUGUAAUAACCCUCGACGACCUGCGCGGUUUAUUCCCCCACCUCGACUGCGUUGACUUCUCGAGGCGACGAUUCGACGAGUUGAACUGGUCGCCACCAAAAAAUUUCGCCCCAAUCGAUGCUAUCGUCCUUCUGGGCGAACCGCUGCACUGGGAAUCGGCGUUACAAUUCCUAUUGGACGUGCUGAUCACGGACGGCGAUCCCGCCGGCCUCAAAUACAAGCGUGGCAACGUCACCCAUUCGAAUCUGCCGCUGCUCGCCUGCAACGUCGACAUGGUGUGGAUGGCCGAGAAGGGCGUCAAUUUGCCGAGAAUUGGUCACGGCAGCUUUUUGACCUGCCUGGAGGCGAUGUACUCAAGAUUAAUGGGGAGGGACUUGAAAUAUACGGCGGUGCUCGGCAAGCCAGCAGAAGUUUCCUACCUGCACGCCACGCAUUGCCUUCAAGAUAUGGCUUUUGACAUGAAGCGCCCGGCUCCGAAGACCAUCUACGUUAUUGGCGACAACCCGCUGUCGGACAUCCUCGGCGCCAACCUGUACAAUCGCUACCUGCAGCACGGCGGCCGGGCACGAUUCGACCACAUCGAGCUCGCCAAACUGGAGGAGCAGUCACCGGACGACAAGCCCGUCGAGCAUCGCGUCCGCGAGAAUAUCGAGCGAUGUCUGAGCGUGCUAGUUGAAACCGGCGUCUACCUGGAAGGCUGCAAGAUCAACGGAACCGUCCUGCCAAUCAGCAAGCUCGUUCAAGAAUUGACCGAUCAGGAGCGAACCGAGCUCGAGAUGCCCGGCUUCGUCGAGCCCGACCUCUUCGCCGCGGUCGAGAUGAUUCUCCAGCGCGAGCAGCUUGCCCUGCUCGUGAACACGUGCGGCAGCAUCUGCACGCUCGGCGGCGGCGACAUCCUGCAGCAGUUGAUGCACAAGGAGUGGGUGCCCGGCGACCCGACGAAGCCGUGGGACCGGAUGCGCACGGCGCGCAUGGCAUCGAUUGGGCUGCUGCAGGGGCCGAUGCUCUACUAUCUGUACCGCUGGAUGGACUUUAACGUCAAAUAUCGGGGUGGGCGCCUUUCGAUCGUGCUGCAGAAGGUGUUCCUCGACACGGCCACCGCACCCAUGUUUUCCGGGACGACGAUCAUCGGGACAGCCCUGCUGGAGGGGAAAACGCUACGCUCGGCGGUGAAGGAGUACUGCACCAAGUACCCGCAAAUCUUCAUCCUCGACCUGUGCACCUGGCCCCCGUUCCAGUUCAUCAACUUUUGGUUCUUGCCGAACCAGUGGCGUGUGCUGUACACGAACGUCAUCCAGUUAUGCUACAACACGGUCAUGUCGUACAUCAAGCACCACGACGAGAAGCUCUUCAAAUUUAUC